AACUCCCUUUAGCGAUCCAGUUCAGUUUAAACCCAGAGGAAAGAAUCAAGCGAAAGCGCGCCAACCGAGUGGUUCGUAAGUGUCUUCGAACUCGAAAAAUUAACUCCCAAUCAGUCAUGGCCAUCGACUGCCUCGUCCUUGGGGCAGGCCAAGAGGUUGGGAAAAGCUGCGUGGUGGUGUCGAUAAACGGCAAGAGAAUCAUGUUCGACUGUGGGAUGCACAUGGGGUACACCGAUUCUCGUCGAUACCCAGAUUUCUCUCUCAUUUCAAAGACUGGAGAUUUCGAUAAUGCUCUCACUUGUGUCAUCAUUACUCACUUUCAUUUGGAUCAUAUUGGAGCGCUUCCUUACUUCACUGAAGUUUGCGGUUAUACGGGUCCUGUUUACAUGACUUAUCCAACAAAAGCAUUGGCUCCUUUGAUGUUAGAGGAUUAUAGAAAGAAUAUGGAUCGAAGGGGUGAGGACGGACAAUUUACUUCUGAUCAUAUUACGGAAUGCAUGAAAAAAGAUUCCAAUAACAGGUCUACUUAUGCGACAACCAUACGAGAUUCAAGAUAUGGCCGAGAGAGGGAGUUCCUUAAAGCUGUUCAUAACUGUGUUGCUGCUGGAGGGAAGGUGCUUAUUCCUACUUUUGCUCUAGGAAGAGCUCAGGAACUCUGUAUAUUAUUGGAAGAUUAUUGGGAGCGCAUGAAUCUAAAAGUUCCUAUUUACUUCUCAUCAGGUUUGACCAUUCAAGCCAAUAUGUAUUAUAAAAUGCUUAUUAACUGGACCAGCCAGAAGAUUAAGGAGACAUAUGCCACGCAUAAUGCAUUUGAUUUUAAAAAUGUUCAAAAUUUUGACCGUUCUUUGAUAAAUGCUCCCGGACCUUGUGUUCUCUUUGCAACACCUGGUAUGAUUAGUGGCGGGUUUUCACUUGAAGUUUUCAUGCAAUGGGCACCUUCUGAAAUAAAUCUGAUCACAUUGCCUGGGUAUUGUGUGGCUGGAACAAUAGGACAUAAGUUAAUGUCAGGUAAACCCACCAAAAUUGAUUUGGACAAGGACACCCAAAUUGAUGUGCGGUGCCAGAUUCAUCAGCUAUCUUUCAGUCCUCAUACAGAUGCCAAAGGAAUUAUGGAUCUUGUCAAAUUUCUCUCACCUAAGCAUGCUAUACUUGUACAUGGUGAGAAGCCUAAAAUGGCUACUCUUAAAGAAAGAAUUCAGUCAGAACUUGGAAUCCAGUGUUAUUGUCCUGCAAACAAUGACACAGUGACCAUUCCUACAACCCACUAUGUGAAAGCAGAUGCUUCAGACGCAUUCAUCGAAAGUUGCUUGAAUCCAAACUUCAAGUUCUCAAAGAGUAGUUCAGUGGAUAAAUCUUAUUCUGGUUCAAAUGACUCAAAGGCCAUUCCAAGACUGCAGGUAAGUGAUGAAAGAGUUGCUGAAGGUAUCUUAGUAGUGGAAAAAGGCAAAAAGGCAAAGGUUAUACACCAGGAUGAGCUUCUGCACAUGUUGGGAGAAAACAAGCAUGAGGUUCAGUUUGCUUAUUGUUUCCCAAUGCGUACUGAAAGGUUAGAGAAGACCAGAAGCGAGGACCUCCCAUCUGCUGAUGAUUUGCUCUGUAGUCUUGACAAAUGCACUUUGAUCAGUGUAUUAUCAACAAAACUAUCCAAUGAACUCUCUGAUUGGAACUUCCAAGAUUUGGGUGAACAGCUUCAAGUAGAAUCAUUCUGUUUGUCCAUUUGUUUGAAAGACAAUUGCCCUCAUAGAAUAUCUGAUAGUCUUCAGAAUGAUUCUGAAGUAGUGUUCUUUUGUUGCUCUUGGUCAGUGGCAGAUGAAAAGCUUGCAUGGAAAAUCAUUUCAAUCAUGAAAAAUUCUACUUUACCACUUGAAGGUCUUCUACCGAUGCAGCUUUGCCGCCACAGCGCAAACGAUGGCCCGUAGGCUCUGUUCCCGCCUCUUUUCCUUCACAACUACAAAGCUUUGUUCGCUGCCACCCUCCUUUUCAAGGUCAGAAUCUGCUUUUAAUUCAGUGCUAAGCGGUCCAACAAGUCAUAGAAUCGGUGGGUUUUACCCAAAAUUUCAAG